AUAAGUCACUUCUGCGGGGAAGAGUGGGCAGGAAGCUUUAGUUUAAAAAAGCGGAGACUACAGCUCCCAGAAUGCAGUUCGCGCCAUCGGUCCGUCGAUGUUUUCUUUCCGGCUAUGCGCAAACCGACUCAAGCGGAACGCGGGUGCUGCUUUUGGUAGCUUCAGACAUAGAUGCAUUAUGUGCUUGUAAAAUCCUCCAAGCUUUAUUCCAGUGUGAUCAUGUGCAAUAUACAUUAGUCCCAGUAUCUGGAUGGCAAGAACUGGAAACAGCAUUUCUAGAACAUAAGGAUCAGUUCAAGUAUUUUGUGCUCCUAAACUGCGGGGCCAACACUGACUUGCUGGAAAUCCUUCAACCCGAAGAUGAUACCCUGUUCUUUGUCUGCGAUACUCAUAGACCUAUCAAUGUAGUGAACAUUUACAAUGAGACUCAAGUCAAACUCUUGGUCAAGCAAGAUGAUGACCUCGAGAUCCCUGCCUAUGAUGAUAUUUUCAGGGAGGAAGAGGAGGAAGAGGAGGAUUCUGGAAAUGAAAGCGCUGGAUCAGAGCCUGCAGGAAAACGUAGACGAUUUGAAGAGGAAGUGGUCGAAAGAACAAUGAAAAGACGCGAAAGAAGAGAGUGGGAGGCCCGCAGGCAAGAAAUUCUUUUUGACUACGAACAAUACGAAUAUCACGGGACAUCAUCUGCCAUGGUGAUGUUUGAUUUGGCGUGGAUAAUGUCCAAAGACUUGAACGAUAUGCUGUGGUGGGCUGUUGUUGGACUAACAGACCAGUGGAUCCAAGACAGAAUCACUCAAAUGAAGUAUGUGACAGACGUCGGAACUCUCCAGCGUCACGUCACCCGGCAUAACCAUCGCAACGGGGAUGAAGAUAACUCCCUUUCAAUCGACUGCAUGAGAAUCGCCUUCGAAUAUGACUUGUGCCUUGCUCUUUAUCAGCACUGGUCUCUCUACGAAAGUCUCUGCAAUACUUGUUACACAUCUGCCAGCUUCAAGCUUUGGUCUGUUCAAGGCCAGAAGAGGCUGCAAGAAUUCUUGGCUGAUAUGGGCUUGCCUUUAAAGCAAGUCAAACAGAAAUUUAAUUCCAUGGACAUAUCCUUGAAAGAGAAUCUUCGGGAAAUCAUUGAGGAGUCUGCAAAUAAGUUUGGAAUGAAGGAUCUGAGAGUGCAAACCUUCAGUGUCCAUUUUGGUUUUAAAAACAAGUUUUUAGCCAGUGACAUUGUGUAUGCCACGGCGGCGUUGAUGGAGAACGUGGAAAAGGAGGAGAGCCAAACGGAUAAUUUUAUCAAGGCUUUGGAUAGUCUUUCCAGGGGUAAUCUUGACCAGUUGCUUCAAGGCCUGGAGCUGGCCAAAAAGCAGCUGUGCGCCAUCCAGCAGACGGUGGCCAGCUGCAUCUGCACCAACCUUGUCAUCAACCAGGGACCGUUCCUCUACUGCUACCUCAUGGAGGGUACUCCAGAUGUGAAAUUAUUCUCCAGGCCGAUAUCCUUAUGUCUGCUCACCAAGUGCCUCCUUAAAUCCUUUGUUUCUUCUACCAGAAACAAGCGCUGCAAACUUCUGCCCUUGGUUAUGGCAGCCCCCAUGAAUCUUGAGCGAGGGACAGUGAUCAUGGUGGGGACCCCACCUCACACAGAAAGCUCCGACAAAAAAAACUUUUUUGGGAGAGCGUUUGAAAAAGCUGCCGAAAACACCAAUUCUCGGACUUUACACAACCACUUCGAUAUGUCUAUAAUUGAAUUGAAAAUGGAAGACAGGAGUAAAUUUCUCGACGCCCUUAUUGCUCUUUUAUCCUAAUGGUAAGCUGUUGAAGAACGUCGGUUGUUUCUCUCCCACUACGGGAAAAUUUUUUAGAGCCACUUAAACCAUUUUUCACAUUGUGGCAUUGGCUGUAUUUGGAAAAAUAUUCCCUUCUUGGUAGAAGGGAACGGAGGCAUUAUCAUCCAUGUGUUUUAUAUUGUACAUACGAAUCUGUAAAUACCUUGUGUCUACCAAAAGUUUGCCUAGAUUUUAUGUAAGCCUGUUUUAAACCGCUUUUAAGAGUUUUAGUGUGUAACCCAUGGCAGUUUGCGCUUGGAAAAAUGUAAUGAAAUAAAUUUUUACAUUUUAUAUCUUGUUUGUACAUUAACAUCAUAUCAUAAUACAUUAAUACAUUAAAAAAUAAUUACAAGGGGAAAGUUUCCUUUUAAUGUGGCUUCUACAUGUAUUGGUAUUAGUUGAAAGACAUGAUAAAACGUUAAAAAAAAUUGUUACUCAAUUGUGCUAUGUCCACUUUUUUUUUUUUUUUUAAAUUAUCUGUAACUUAGCAUUUCUGUGCUUGUAAAUCAUGGGUUUCCAGCCAAAUUUAUUGCGUGAACUCAGCUAGUUGGGUUAUAUUGGGAAAAAAUCCACGGCUUUCAUGAGUGCAAACCACUUUUAUGAGUGUUUGAUCAACUGAAGUGGCUUAUUACUAUUCUUAUAACUUCCUCUUUUUUUCUGGGUGUUAUCCUAAAAGAGGACGUGACCUGGGGCGCUCACAUUGCAGCCCUGGUAAAAAAAAGGCCCAGCGGAGAUUAUACUACCUGAGGCUUCUCAGGAAACAACAAGUGAAUGGAAAACUGCUGGUGAUCUUCUACUGCUGCACCAUAGAGAGUAUUUGAACUUACUGCACCUGUGUACGGUUUGCCAGUUGCACAGUGGCAGAUAGGGCAGCACUCCAGCGGGUCAACAUCAUUGCCCAGAGGGUCAUUGGUUGCCCUCUACCCUCUUUGGAAGAGCUUUAUAGCUCCUGCUGCCUUAAGAAAAGUUCAAAACAUUCUUAAAGAUCCAUCUCAUUCUGGGCACCCUUUUUUUUUGAACUAUUACCCCAUCUUGUGGGGGGGGGGAAACAACCUGGAAAAUAUUUCUUCAGGAUUCACAGGAGUUCAAGCCCACGGGAAAAGGAACUCUUCAACAUGUAAAAAAGAUGCUGAGACUCUAGAAAGAGUGCAGAGAAGAGCAACAAAGAUGGUUAGGGGACUGGAGGCUAAAACAUAUGAAGAACGAUUGCAGGAACUGGGUAUGUCUAGUUUAAUAAAAAGAAGGACCAGGGGAGACAUGAUAGCAGUGUUUCAAUAUCUCAGGGGCUGCCCCCAAAAAAGAGGGAGUCAAGCUAUUAUUCAAAGCACCUGAGGGAAGGACAAGAAGCAAUGGGUGGAAACUAACCAAGGAGAGAAGCAACCUAGAACGAAGGAGAAAUUUCCUGACAAUGAGAACAAUUCAUCAGUGGAACAACUUGCCUCCAGAAGUUGUGAAUGCUCCAACACUGGAAAUUUUUAAGAAAACGUUGGAUAACCAUUUGUCUGAAGUGGUGUAGGGUUUCCUGCCUGGGCAGGGGGUUGGAUUAGAAGGCCUCUAAGGUCCCUUCCAACUCUGUUAUUAUGAAAUUAAAUGGAUGGUGGGUUAGGA